AUGGCCGCCACCCCGCCGGGCCCGGCGCCGCCGCGCAUCCUCCUCGCCGGCGACGCCCACGGCCGACUCCACCAGCUCUUCAAGCGCGUCAAAUCGGUGAACCAGUCGACGGGGCCGUUCCACGCGCUGCUCUGCGUGGGGCAGUUCUUCUCCCCCGAGGGAGAUGCCGAGGGCGCACCGGGGGACGUCGCCGACUACAUCGAGGGGCGCGCUUCCGUGCCCAUCCCGACCUACUUCACCGGCGACUACGGCCCCUCGGCGCCGCGGCUGCUGUCGAAGGCCGCCGCUGGCGCUCGCGGGUUCGCACCCGGCGGCAUCGAGAUAUGCCCCAACCUCUUCUGGCUCAGAGGAAGCAACCACUUCACCCUCCACGGUUUGUCGGUGGUUUAUUUGUCAGGGAGGAAGGGACUAGGAGGGCCUGGCUGCUACAGCCAGGAUGAUGUGGAUGCCCUGCGGGCUCUUGCAGAAGAGCCAGGGAUUGUUUUGGAUCCUAAUGGGUAUGACCCUAUUGUUGCUGAAUUGGUUGCUGAGAUUAAGCCAAGAUAUCACAUUGCUGGUACUAAAGGUGUCUUUUAUUCAAGGGAACCAUAUGUCAAUGAUUCUGCUGCGCAUGUUACCCGCUUUAUUGGACUUGCUAAUGUUGGAAACAAAGAGAAGCAGAAAUUUAUUCAUGCGAUUUCGCCUACUCCAGCAUCUGUCAUGUCCAGUGCUGAUAUCCAUGCGAAGCCUCCAAAUGCUACUUUGUCACCAUAUGUUGGUCCAUCAAAAUCAGUUCCUAUUGAAGAAGCUCCAAAACGUCCAGCUGAGAACAUUGAUUCGCAAUACUGGCGUUAUGAUGUCAAGCGGCAAAGGCAUGGUGAAGCUGAUGGGGGUGGAUUGUGUUUCAAAUUUACAUCCUCAGGAUCCUGUCAACGAGGGAGUAAAUGCAAUUAUAGGCAUGAUGAGGAGGCAGUGGAGCAUUAUCAGAGAAAUGUCUGUUUUGAUUUUCUAAACAAAGGGAAAUGUGAGAAGGGCCCAGAGUGCAAGUUUGUUCACAGCCUUUCAGGGGAGACUGCUCUAACAGAUGCAAGACCUCGUAGUGAAAGAAGACGUGUGGAGAGCAGUUGCUGGUUCUGCUUGUCGAGUCCGGAUGUUGAGUCACAUCUUGUCAUUAGCAUCGGAGAAGGUUACUACUGCACACUUGCAAAGGGGCCACUUGUUCCAAAUCAUGUUCUAAUGAUUCCCGUCGAACACUGCCCCAGUACAUUGAUGAUGCCUCCAGAAGCAGAGGCAGAACUUGGGAGAUAUAAGAUUGCUCUGGGUAAGUACUUUGAGAAGCAAGGAAAGACUGCAGUCUACUUUGAGUGUGUUUCACCGCGCUCCCACCAUGCAAACCUGCAGGUUGUUCCUGUACCAUUGCCCAAAGCAGAUGCUGUUAAUAAGAUAUUUCAUCUAGCAGCCAAAAAACUGGGAUUUGAAUUCUCUAUGGUGAAUCCAGACGGUGCAAAAACAGCUAGAGAAUCAUUGAUGUCUCAGUGCGAAAGCAAAUCAGGCCUGUUUUAUGUUGAGCUCCCGGAAGGUAGACUUCUCUUGCACAUGGUCGACAGUAACGAGAAGUUCCCUGUGCAGUUUGGACGCGAGGUUUUAGCAGGAUUGCUAAGCAUGGCAGAUCGCGCAGAUUGGAGGAACUGCAAGAUUUCAAAGGAAGAGGAGAUUGAAAUGGUGGACGAUUUCAAACAAGGUUUCCGCGAAUUUGAUCCCGCAGAGUGA